CCCAUGGCAUAACGAAUCACGCGGCCGACCAGGAGACAUUGCGCAAAACCUCAGAGGCCUCUUCUGUCGAGACCAACGUAUCUCACACCGCCUGUCCAGAAUGUCAACCGCUCUUACCGCAUACCGGCAUCUGCUACGCGCUGCGCGGCUCGCCUUUCAUGGCGACUCUCCCGUUUUAAACGCAGCCCAGCAGCAGAUUCGCGAGGGAUUCCGACAGAGGGCUUCGCUCUCUCCUUCGGACCCGGCUGUCGAACCUGCCAUCCAGCAUGCCGAGGAGGUAGCGCAGUUUUUGACAGCGAACGUGGUCCAAGGGAAGAAGGAGGGGGAUGUGUACAGACUCCGGAUCCACGAGGAGACUGAGAAAGGCGACAACGACACAAUCAAGAUAGGCGGGGGCAAGACGAUCAAGAUUGACGGCAAGAAGUGCACAGACAGGUAACAGUCUGGGAAAGAGGGUAGGCACAACACCACGAAGAGGACACGAUGGGCGCCCAAGAAACAACUGCCAAGAACAAGAAGGGUUGUACGGCGGUGGCGGUUUGCCAUGCUCUUGUAUAACCAUCUAUGUAUGAUACCCAGCACUGUACAAAUUACCAAUAUAUAUGACCAUGAACC